UAGACAUACAGUGAUCGUAGCGGGGUCACUACCCGAGGAUGCUGGGCAGUUUGACGCUGCGCCCGCGCACGACGCACGCGCGCGAAUCGAACCCAUUACAAAUUUGAAAAGUGAUUUUUUUUUUAAGUGUGAAGUAAGAGAUUUCAUUAUGAUUCGACAAGCAGUAUGUCUGGUGCUCUGCUUAUUUUCGCUGAGUCAUGUAGACUCAGCAAAACAGCAAGUCCAGCUAUCAGACUCCUACCUACCAGUGGCCAUGCAAGUCAUAGCACACCUCACAGACCAGAUGGCAUUCGAAGUCAAAGACGAAGCCACUUCUAAACCGACUUCGAAACCCACCAACAGACCCACUACUAAACCUACAACAAAGCCUCCCGCUUGGACCACAAAACCGACUUCAAAGCCGACUUCGUGGACGACUUUGAAGCCGACUUCGUGGACGACUUUGAAGCCGACGACUUGGACUACCAGUAGGCCGUCGUGGGCUACUAAGCCGACGACCCAGAAGCCGUAUGUGACCUUCAAGCCUUCUAAUAGCUGGUGGACGACUAAGAGGCCAGACAUGACAACAGCCCACCACAAGCCAGGUCUCUACGCCCCAUUCUCCCCCCCAAAACCUCUAACCAGAUACACCUGGCAUCCUCAACAGCAUCGCUUCGUACUACUCCCAGUGGAAACCCCAGCCCAAUACACUAUUCUUCAACCUCAGGAGACCAGGACCGAAGAGCCUUUACUGUCCUUCCACCAUGAGCAGAUCAAGCCUUUAAUGGAACCAACUCCUGAGUCAGCUCCAUAUUUACCACCUCAUUACGAUGUCAAAAUCUCCAGCCGAUCUGACGGCUACGUGAUCGAUGAGCUAAGUGAGGAGAACUUGCAGUACUUGUCUGAUGAUGUACGGGAGAUGAUCAAGAUGGCGCACGACCCUCAUGAUGAUAAGCUGGUGGAUGUGUGGGCUGAAGUUCGGCAGGGCAGUCAGCCAGUGAAGGCCAAGCUGUCGGCUUCAAACUUGAGGCUGUUGUUGCUAUAUGAUCUUCUCAGCAGGGAUGCGAAGAGACAGCGGCUUUCGGAUUAUAGCGGUUUCUCCCCCGACGUAAUGAAAGCUCUCGUAGAAUCAUCCAGCGGCGGUGCGCGUGGGCAACUCAAAAUGGCGCUAUCCAAGAUGGUGGAACGUCACGACUGUGGGCACGAAUACGCUAACAACAGGGCUAAAGAAAUGGUCGAAGAGUUGGGUAAAGAUGAGUCAGGAUUAUCAGCCGCUUUGAGGUACUUGGAACCACUGGUGUAUAGCUACUAAGUUAACUGUGAAUCUGUCUUUGUUACAUUAAAAAUGCUUAAUAUUUUUGAGUUCUAUACAGGCUGUUAAAAGUAACAGGUGUUCGAUUUUGACAGUUGCGCAGCCAUUUUGGAUUUGCUGUCAUUAUCAAUGUUUUUUUUAUCUGUUUGGCAAAGCCAAUUAUAAGAUAUAGCCUGUUUUAUACAUGGUGUUCAAUUAAUAAAGAUACACUCAAUAAUAUUGUUUAAUGAUGACUAUGGACGUCGUUAACUGAUGUGGUGACGUCUAUGGCCGUCUAAAAACAAUUAAUUAACAAAGACAGACAGACAUACAUACGUCAUUAUGGUUAAAUAAGUUAAUUAGACUAAUGAGCUGAAUCAUGAAACCCUUAAACAGGUAUAAAGGUGCAUUUAUAUUUAAACAAAAUAAAGUACUUAUUUAUCGUAGUUUUAUAUAUUUUUUAAGUGAUAUUUAAGCAGUAAGUAAUGUUCCAUGUACUCAUUUUGAUUAAAAACAGUUAUUUUUGUCCUUUUCGCUUAGAUAAAUAACUUUUUUUAGAUUCAGUUAUCUUAAAGUUUGUUUAUAUUAUUUGAAAGAAAUUGACAACACUCUGAUUUACUUUACAAAACUUUUGUAUUCUUCUUGAUAAUGUUAUUAGCAAAUACAGGUCUUAUUUAGGUACAUUAAAAAAAAUGAUUAUUGAGACGACAAUAUUAUUCUAUAAUAUACUUAGAUUAUUUAUAAAACAUAAAAUAAAUACUCAAAAAAAUGUGAAUUAUAUAAUAAUUAAUGCUUGCCCAUGAAACUAGUUAAGAUAAUAAAAACAACACUAUGUAUAUGACACGAAGUAGGUAAUAUUACCAAAUAAAAAUAUUAUAUAAA